GAAGAUAUUCACUGACACAGUCUCGCAUACGAACACACACUUACACACGCACUACAGCUGAAAUCCUCUUUUUUCCGGGAGUGGAGGAGAGUCGCUGUGUGGGAGUUACCCUUUGCGCUGUGUUCGGCGGAUUUUACUGGCCGUUUGUGGAGUUUUGGAGCAGUUUUAUCGAGUUUAAUCUCUUGAGGUAAUCUGGGAUUCACGAGGCGGGAAUGAGAGAGAUGCGCUCGAGCGUUUACGGGACUUUCACUCUGUGAGGAGCAAACAGGUGUAGAAUAGAGCCUGAAGUACAAGAGAGAUGAGUGGAGAGCCGAGACAGGGGGUGGUGACCACCCCUCCCCCUCCCAGCGUGGGGCCAAAGGAGAGCUAUUUCGACCGCAUCGACGAGAACGACCCCGAGUACCUGCGUGCACGCAACAUGUCGCCGGACCUGCGACAGGACUUCAACAUGAUGGACCAAAAGAAAAGAGUCACACAAAUUCUAAAGAGUCCAGCAUUUAGAGAUGAGCUGGAGGGACUGAUCCAGGAACAGAUGAACAAGGGGAAUGACCCAGCAGGACUGCUUGCCCUACGGCAGAUCGCAGAUUUCUUCAUGACCACCUCUGUGGCGGGUUUCUCCACCUCCCCCCUUAGUUUGGGAAUGGUGACUCCAAUAAACGACAUGUUUGGGGUGGAGUCUAGUGCUGUGGUGAAGGGAGAGAAACAGAUCCGCUCUAAACUGGCCAGCCUCUACAGACUCGUGGACCUGUUCAGUUGGGCCCACUUCGCGAGCUGUUACGUUACAGUUCGUGUCAGUAAGGAGCAGGAUCAUAUCCUCAUCCUCCCCAGAGGACUGUCCUUCGCCGAGGCCUCUGCGUCCAAUCUGGUAAAGUUGAACAUACUUGGCGAUGUUGUGGAUCAGGGCUCCACCAACCUGCAGGUUGACCCAGCCGGCUUCAGCCCUCACGCCGCCAUCUACUCUAUGAGACCGGACGUGCGCUGCAUCAUUCACAUACGCACCCCUGCCACCGCUGCUGUGUCAUCUAUGAAGUGCGGUCUUCUGCCCAUCUCUCAGGAGGCUCUGAUCCUGGGAGACAUCGCCUACUACAACUAUCAGGGUAGCCUGGAUGAACAGGAAGAGCGCAUGGAGCUCCAGAAAGCACUCGGACCGUCAGCCAAGCUGUUGGUGUUAAGGAAUCAUGGAGUUGUUGCUCUCGGGGAGACAAUUGAAGAGGCCUUUCACUAUAUUUACAAUGCUCAAUUUGCCUGUGAAAUUCAGGUGAAUGCGAUCUCGUGUGCAGGUGGAGUGGAGAACCUGAUCGUGUUAGAUCUGGAGAAGUUUAAACCCCGUACGCAGGGGGUGGCUGAAGCUGGGGUCAGCAUGGGCUCGCAGAACAAAUGGAAAGUGGGCGAGCUGGAGUUUGAGUCACUCAUGAGAAUGCUGGACAACCUGGGUUAUAGAACAGGCUACACAUACAGACACCCCAUCGUGCGGGAGAAACCGCGACACAAGAGCGAAGUGGAGAUUCCGGCGACAGUAACUGGGUUCAUGUUCGACGACGACGACACUCCACGUUUCCCUCUGAGAUUACUGCAGCAGCGACAGCAGAGAGAGAAAACACGCUGGCUCAAUUCACCAAACUGCUAUAUGAAAGUGAACGUGGCAGAGGGAGCCAGUGAAGAGAACGGACGCUCCAAGACCAUGUGGAUGAAGUCAGAUGAGAGGAACAACGCAAGCGGGACUCCGAUCUGCAUUGAAGAUCCCAACCAGUUUGUCCCUCUGAACACAAACCCCACAGAAGUCCUGGAGAAGAGAAAUAAGAUCCGAGAGCAGAACCGCUUUGACAUGAUGACAGCGGGCCCACAAUCACAGCGACUGGCAGGAAUUGUAGUGGAAAGACCGCCGCCGUACACUGGCAAUGAUGAGGAACAGACCGCCCCUCUCCCUCCAAACCCCUUCAGUGAGCUCAGCGAGAAAGAGCUGGUGGAUUAUGCGAAACGAGUGGAACGGCAUCAUCUCGGCCUAGACGAUGAUGAACAGCUCACAUCAGACGACGCUUCCACGCUGUCUCAGUCUGUCUCCCAAACCCAAUCGCCGCAAAACACACCGGCUAAAGAAGAAAACCACACCGGCGUCCUGCUAAACGGCAAAGACGACCACGGCGAAGAUGAUGAGCUCAUCAAGCGCGUGAGCAAGCUGACCACAAGCAUCGAAAGCGUGGAGAUUACCGUGCAGCCCGGCGAGAAGAUCGAAGAGGCUCUGACGCCCGAGAGCUCUCCCUCCAAAUCUCCUAACAAGAAGAAGAAAAAGUUCAGAACCCCGUCCUUCCUGAAGAAGAACAAAAAGAAAGAGAAGGUCGAAGCCUAGAGGAGAAAAGAGUGUGUCCACCCUGUGUGUCUGUUUGUAAAAGCGUUAUGUCCUUUUAUAACUUUAUUUAGUUUUGCUUUCUUUUUUAAAAGAACACGGUUGUUCAAUUUUAAAAAGUGGCACAUGGGUCGAUUGGGAGGCGAAUAGAUGGAGUUACGUGCAUUUUUAGUGAUUUGCCGUGUUGGAGUGGUCAUGAAAUGGAUAAAAAAAAAAACAGGAGCAGCGAGCAAAACUCCUUGGAAACUGGCUCGUCUCUUCUGACGGAAAAGACUGAAAACACUCAGACACGCAGACCUGGACACCGUUUCCUCAAUAUUCAUUUCAAUGAUGAGCCCAUACUGCAUUGUUUAUUGUUUCAUACUGUAUUUUUAUGAGCCCCUUUUCUAGCGCCACAUCAUCUCUCAUUGUGUUGGUUUGAAUUGCGUUGUGUGUAGGUAGACUGUAGGUGUCAUUUGUCACACUACACAGAAGAGACUAAGAAUCACACUGGAAAAUGUUUUGGGAUUAUUUUAACAGGGUUUGUUUUAUUGUUCCGUUUGUUGAUAGUUGUUAAAGAAACGGAUGCGACUUUAGCCAAGAUUAGCAGCCACGACCUGCAUGUUUGAUGAUAAUCCUGUGUAGAGCCACUCCAUUAUCGUUCUUUGCCAAACGAAACGUUUUAAAGCAAAGCAAUCACGUUUUAGUGACCUAAAAUCUUGCAUUUUGAUUCGCUAAUUCAUCUCUCGGUAUGUUUUUGUAUAAUCGAAACAAAAUUUUGUUUUUAUUCGUUCAGUUUUAUACUCAUUUCUAUACUUUAACAAGAAAGUAACGACAAAAUCUUAAAGCAUGUUUUACAGGAGUCAGAAUUUAUAUAACGUAGCGAUGCCUGAAUCUCAAUCGUGUUGUAGCUCAGAUUACUAAACACAUGUAACGAAAAUAUAUGAAAACUGGAAUGAUGUUUAUUAUAUGUAUAUGAAUAUAUAAUAUUUUUGUGCUGCACAUUUUCAUGUGGUAUAUAAUUAUAUAUAUUAUAUAACAAAACAAAUCUAUGGAUGAUUUCAGCAGUUGAAGGAUUAUUGGAGAGAAGGAACAAUGGAGGCUAUGAAAUAUAAAAGAAUACAAAUGUUUAAGUGUAGUGAAAAAGGGUGGAGAAGGCAAACAUAUAAGGAAAUAUAUAUUUGUGUACUGUAUUUUUGAAAAAUGUGUUGGGUCCCAAAGCAAGUCGAGAACAGGUUUUAUGGCUCUCUGUUGCAGGUUUGUUGGAUUAAAAUGAAAAUCAUCUCGACAACUUCAUAGAGGUUUAUUCUGGGCCUUUUGGGGGUUCUGGAGGACAUUAUCAUUGUGAGUCACUUAUGACAUUCACUUAAAUCACCCCAUCACCAUCUAGCAGGCCUGAAAAGCUCUCUGGGAUGUCUUUACUAUGGUUACCUGAGAAAUGGCAUUCUAGAGGGUUUUUUUAUUUUCGCUGUGAAACUGGACAUGGUUUCCUCAUCUCUGUCAAAUGUAAGCUGAUUGCCGUGAGGUUGGGGGUCGUCUUUAUUGCCCAUCCAUGAGACGGGAUGUACGCGAGUUUGUCCCCAAAGAUAAUCUCUUACCAUUUUAAGAUUAGCAGGGAGCAGUUUGACCUCCAUUUGAACUCUAGUGUGGCCGUCAUAUAUCCAAAGAGGGCAGACAGCACCGCAGAGUGUUAUGUAUCCCAGUGGGCAAUGUGAAGUACUGGCUAUGGCAUGAAGAGAGAGAGAGAGGCUUCUAAACUGUAAAUGGCAUGUGGUUUUGAACGCGGGCCAGGCGUGGAUUAAAGCCGGACCGGGUGCGAGUUUAGGCAGAGAGAAC